AUGAACAAUCAAACAACGUCCCCCGCCGAAGGCUUGGAGCAGCCACCAUCAUACGAUGCACUACUGCAAAGACCGAAAACUGCGCUCCUCCUCUCCGAAGAAUGGCAAUCGUUGCCAAAUAAGCUCAGAAUGAACAUGGCCACCCGACCCAUCCCAUCCCGCAGAGGCGACACAUUCAGAGCGGCCCUGCAGUGGGACGCCAAGCUCCUGGCCCGAGUCAAAGACAUGCCCCGUCUGAUGAGAGAGGGCUUCCACUGGAGCGAGGCAAACGUCUGUCUCGAGGCAUCCCGCGUCGAUGAUGCAACCGACAUCAAUCUUCUCAAGAAAGACGGCUGGAAAUGCUGCCGCCUGUACUACCUCUCGCAGCUGGGUGAUGAUCCGAACUGGGCGGCGGAGUUGGUCGUCUGCGCAAGGGACCUCAAGGCACUCGCCCAGUUCCGACUCUCGGAUCUGCAGCCCGAAAUGGUGUACUCUGCAUGGGCCGUUCACUAUUCGCCUUACCCCAAGGCUUACUACCAGUACAAGUUUGAACGCUUGGAGCCGAUGGAGAAUUUCAACGCCGUGUACGACGGCAUGCCGAUGGAGGGAUGGUGGCCGUGGCCCAAGAGGGAAGACUACCCCGAAAGGACCUCUGAGAAGGACAGCUUGAAAAUGAAGAAAGAGAAUGGAUCAAUGUUCUAA